GCCAAUCAGGCUCCUCCCAGCAUCGCCCUCUUCUUCUUCUUUCCUUUUCCUUCUCCUUGGCCUCAGCUUGCAAGCAACAGCGGCGGCGGCGGGGGAACGCGGAGGGGGCGCGCGGCCUUAGCGCGUAAGCCAGCCUCAAUGCAGCCAAACAGGAGACGCAAAAUAGAGUGGGACAGCUUGUCCGUUAGCUCGCCGACCAAAUAUUUCAAGCUCACAACAGAAGGGCCGCCUUAUCCUUCCCCUGGCAGUAGUCACAACAACAAGGCAACUGCAUUCACAAAGGCAUUCUCUAGAACUUCGUUCACAGCAGAGGAUUCUUCCUCUGAUGAGUUUGAAAUAGAUGAUGACAGCGACAGCGUGGUUCGGAAGAAUCUGGGCCAAUCCCCUUUUAGUAGAAGCCUACUUGUAAAGAAUACAGCUAGUGACAUGUCUAGGAGAAAUGUGACAUCUGCACCUGGAGAAUCUCUAAAACAACAGAUCAGACAAGAUGGUUGCAGCGAUUCCAGCCCGACUCUUACAUCGAGCGUGGAAAGGAAAGAGACCCCAAAAGAGGCAGUGGCUGAAUCUGGGAGGAGGAGAGUGAGGAGCAACAAUCAAGAUCAGGGUGCUCGAGAAAUAUACCGUAAAGCUCUGCGGGGUAUAUUUGGUGGAGCCCUAAUCGCUAAAAAAGAGGCAGUAACUCCAAAUGGAAUUCACAGGGAAAGAAGAGAGGCAUCUGGAUCAGCUGACAAGCUGGGACAUCUCUCAGUAGCCUCAAAACCUGAAGAACAGCAAAGUGAGAAAGACUCAAAAGCUAUAGCAAAAGAUAAAAUUAACAUUUCUAUCAGACAGAAUAGAGAAGAGUCUUCUAGAUUAGAUGUCAGCUCAAGACAUGUUGCUGUAGUUUCAAAGUCAGAUGGAGAAAAGAACCUUAAGCAUGAGUCGAGGUUUCAGAAAGCUGAUACAAAAGAAGAUAAUACCACUAAGCACAGUGGAAAAGCAAUUGCUAGAUCUAGUGGCAGCACACGACAUACUCAUGCAGUGUCCAGGUAUGAAAAUGAGCCAGAACUUCCUCAGAAUUCCACUUUUCAUAAAAUAUCUGUUGAGGAAGUACCUAGUACCUCUAGGCACAACAGAAAAGAUCCUUCCAGAUCAGAGGAAAAGUCAAAACAUGUCCCUAAAUUACCACAUUUUGAAGGUGAGCCAAAAUUUCCAGAGGAAUCUUGUUUUCAGAAAUCCAUUGUUAAGGAAGAGCAUAAGACUUCUCGGCAUAGCAGAAAAGAGGUAUCCAGGUCAGGGGGUAACUCAAGACAUAAAUCCAAAUUACAGAGAUUUGAAGAUGAGUUAGAACUUGAGCAGGAAUCAACCAGCCUAAAAACUACAGUGAAAGAGGAUAAUGAUACUUCUUUUGGAGGUGGUAAAAAUAGACCUUGUAGAAAGAUUUGGGAAUUGGAUAACAAUUUACAAAACAUUUGUAGUCUCUUGCAAACUGGAGGAGAACAUAAGGGUAAGAGAGACUCUGCAAAAAAACAAAGUAUAAUUGCUGAGGAAAAUGCUCAUGCCAGUCUAAGUAUAAAGGAAUCUCAAAGACCUGAGACCCACUUGAAAUGUUUGUCUAAUGUUUCAUGUUAUGAUGGUGAAAUGACAGCCAAAGACAGUACUGUGGCAAGACAGAGAACUGUGUCAGAAGAAAAAUGCCCUUCCUCCAGUUCAUCUGACACAAAGAGUGAAACAAAAAAGGAGUUUGUGAAUUUCCAAAGGACAGUUAUUGUUCAGCCUUCUCCAAAGCAGGUUCUUGUUAAAGAAACUGAAGUAAAUCAAAAGUUUACUAAGCAAGAGAAAGAGCCCUCAGAUGAAAGUGACUGGUCUGACUUGGAGGAUGUGGAGAAACCACCUACUUUCUCACAGGAGGAUUCCAUCCUAAAUUGCAGUACAUCAGAAACAAAGGAGAAUUCAGUAUCAGCAACAGAGUUUGUAAUGUACCCUCCUCAUUUAUACAGUUGUAGAAUGAGCGAUUAUGCAAAAUACUGGACGAGCAGUCCCAAGCCAACGAAUUGUCCUCCUGUUUCAAGCCCUUCUGAAGAUGCUUCAAAUGCUAGCCAUCUUUGUGACAUUUCAGAUUUUACAAUUGGUACUCCUUUAAACACAUCAAGAGAUCAAGUACCAUCUGUGGAAAAAGUGCAUGAUAGACCACGAUCACUUGGUUCUCCAUUGCAGUGUGAAAAGAAAAACAGACGACAGAGUUUAGAAGUACCGUCAUCCCAUGUUCCUAUUUUUUCCACCUCACGCAAGUCGGACUCUGUCAUUAAAAGUCAUGUUAACCGGGAUUUACAUGAUGACUUACCUAAAUAUUUAGAAGAAGGGUUUAUUGAUACCCACUGCCAUCUGGACAUGCUAUAUUCAAAAAUUUCUUACAGGGGCACCUUUUCUAAAUUUAGAAAUAUUUAUGAUAGCACUUUUCCUGAAGAAUUUCAAGGCUGUAUCGCUGACUUUUGUGAUCCUCGUAACUUGAACAACUAUUUAUGGGAAGACCUAUUAAAGGAAGACAUGGUUUGGGGUGCGUUUGGCUGCCAUCCACAUUUUGCCCGUUACUACUCAGACAUUUAUGAAAGGCAACUUUUACAGGCAAUGAGGCAUCCCAAAGCUAUUGCCUUUGGAGAAAUGGGUCUUGAUUACUCUCAUAAAUGUAGUACUGCAGUCCCGAAGCAGCAUAAGGUAUUUGAAAGACAACUGAAUGUAGCUGUUUCCUUAAAGAAGCCAUUAGUAAUUCACUGCAGAGAUGCUGAUGAGGAUCUGUUGGAAAUCAUGAAAAAAUGUGUACCAAAAGACUACAAAAUACACAGGCAUUGCUUUACUGGCAGAUAUGAUGUCAUAGAACCACUGUUGGACUACUUUCCAAAUCUUACUGUUGGAUUCACAGCAUUACUGACAUAUCCAUCAGCUCAUGAGGCGAGAGAAUCAGUUCGGAAAAUUCCUUUAAGCAGGAUAGUAGUAGAAACAGAUGCACCGUAUUUCCUUCCUAGGCAGGUGCCCAAAAGCGUGUGCCAGUUUGCACACCCAGGAGUAGCUUUGCACACAGUCAAAGAGAUUGCUCGCCUUAAGGAGGUGCCGAUGUCCAUCAUGUUAGCCAUACUAAGACAAAAUACAAACAAAAUCUAUAGCUUGUAAGAAAGUGCAAGUUGAGAAAAUGAGAAGGAAAUCCCUCUCUAGUUAUGUUGGUUCCUCCAUGUGAUUGAUGUAAAUAGAGAUUUGGCAUUUAUAUUUUAAUUUUGACCAGCUUGAAUAUUAUGAUUCUCCAUAAAGAGGAAAUUAGUUAUAAGUGUUUAAUUGAAGCACAAUCAUUUCAACAUGCCUACAUUUCCUGGAUUUCUUUGCAUCCCUCCCCUCACUGUGUUAUUGGUUGCCUGUUGUUUAAGGUGCCUUAGUAUUAAUUUGACUCCUGAAGUAUGGUUUUAAUUACUAAUGGUUGGGAGCUGUGCAGAAGACAGGCUAAUUUUUUAAUUUUCAUUUAAAUUAGGCUGUUUUUAAUCUCUUUAAUAAUUUCCUUUUUUAAUGAAGAAAAAUAAUUUAGCUUUUCUAUAAUGUUAUGUAUUAUUUGAAUUUUGAAGAGCUUAUUUGUAAAUGAAUGUAUUUUUAUACCACUUCUCAUGUUCAAUUUGUAAAUGAGUCUCACUUAAUGCAAGAAAUUAAAAUCUUGUGGACAUUAACAUUGAAAGAAA